AUGCCAUCCUUCCCAUGGUGCCUAGCCUUGACUGCAUGCCUGGGGGCUGGCCCUCUCACCGCCUUAGACCUUCCAUGGAAUUGGAUGGGCUUAGAUGAUGUGGGGGGCCCCUCUGUCAGCGAUAGUGCAGCCCCGGGUCCUGAGGCGUCCUGGGAGAAAGGAGGUGAGACCCAUUCAGAGACUCGCGAAGGGUAUGCCCAUGUGUGGGGACAUUCCGUUUUCCAUUUUGAUGUCAGCUCAUGGUUCGGGCCAGCGUGGUUCAGCACCCCUCUGAAGCCAGGAUCAUUGAGCUCCUCAGGAGGCUGGGGGUUGUACUUCCUAGAUAGCUUCGGAGUUCUCACGUGUGGCGAAUUUUGGCCCUGGAUAGCCUGGGGGGUCUUAGGCUUGCUGGCUAUUACUCUCUCUGUGCUGGGCCUCUAUGUCGUUGCGUCUGUGUGUCGGCCGUUCCGGCUGCUUUGCAAAUGUUGUUGCAGGCAGACCCGUGCGGUUGCACAGGAGGUAGGAGAAUUCCUCCCGGAGCUUCAAGUUGGCGGAAGUUAUGAAGCCCUUAGACUGCGGGGGCCACACACACGGGAUGGCGUCGAUUCUGAAUUCUUCCAGAGGAGUGUGAAAGGGAGAGGGUCAGAACGAAAGCCCAAUGAUGUGGUGGUGCUCCUUGACGAGCAGGCAGCCCGGCUGAGACCUGAUUGCGAUCAUUGGCCUAGGGUUGACCGACAUGGGCUCUGGGUCCGCUUGCGAGAAGUGAAAGGUGCAUCGUCCCGCUCAUUGAGGCAAAGGCUGGAGCUGGAAGGUCGGAUCCACUUAUGUAGGGAGAGCCAAUGCCCAUUGGCUCUUGCACCGACCCCUGGAAUUCAUUGCAAGGCAUACGCUGCAAUCGAUGCCAACAGCCUAGCUGAUCUAGGGGCCUAUGCGGGGUGGUCCACCCGUCGAGUGGUGGUCCUGUUGGGAAGAUGGGUCCGGCGUGUGGGUCGGAUCCUCAGCUUGCUGUUUUACUUUGGAACUGGAUGUUUUCUCCUGAGGAGAGGCUUCAAGAGGAACAAUGCUGCUCGCCUUAUUCAGGAAGGAGAGGUAGUCAGACCACUUGACCCUGAUUCAGAAUCCGAGGCCGAGGUUAUAGAGGAUCCCUGUGAGGCAGUGCUUGUUGGUCUUGAACAUAGUGGCAAGCCGAGAGCGCUUGCUACCGACCCUUGUGCAGACCGCUCAUCGGGAGAGAGCGUCCGUCUAUUGGAGAGGGAUCGAGAGUUGUCAGAUGUCAAGGGAAGGCAGAGCGUCCGAUUGUGUGAUCAUCACCGGCAACUGUACACCGCAGCCUGCUCCGGCCGCAAAUGCAGCGUGCUGUCCUGCUACGAGCAGAUCGCAGGCGCUAAGCAAGGGGUCCCCUUGUGUAAGCACCACCUGCUCGAAAUCGGUGCAGGAACAAGGCCGCCUCGAAGGGUGAGCUGGCAAGAUGGCAGCAUGUCGCCUGAUCCAGGCACCCCCAGUGGUGACUUCCGGCAUUUCUCAGACAGAUCAGGGGACACCCCUAGGCCAGGGGCAAGAUCGCCACGGGCGCGCAGCAGCAACGCAAAACCACGGGCUGCUUCAGCCGAACCAAGGCCGUGCAGGCAGCGCCAGGCUGAAGGGAAAUUAUUCCAAGGGCCUUGCAUUGCAUUGAUCCGACCCAACAGCCUGCAGACCAGCGAAUGUGCGCCGAAGUGGCUGUCAUUCCUGGGAGAAAUCAAAGGGACCGCCCCAGACAGCAGAGCACAGGAACGGAUCGAAGUGGUUCUCCCAAGCCUCCAAGCCAAAGGGUCGGUGCUCUCGUCAAUGGUGCGUUCCGCACCCAUCGAUGAUGGUGCCGGGAGGAUAAGCCGGGCCUGGAUUGAGGAUUUCUUGACAAGCACCCAUGACGAAGCGGCCGGAAGAGGGAUCUCCGUGUUGGUCAGUUCCCUCACAGAGGAGCAAGCGACAAGCUUGAAUAUGUGGGAUGGGGAGCUCACUGAUGGAUCACCGCGUGUAAACCCACAAUUGAUGAGCAGCAUACGGACCAACUUGGCUAGGGAGAUUCUCCCCCACGCUGAUGCUUACAUGGUUGCGGAUGAGGCGGCAAGGAAGCUUAGGGAAUUUGUCACACCCCCUAGGCCGCACAAAGAACCAGCAGCAGAGGUCUCUUUGCCGGAACUCCCGCCAUUUCCAUUUCCACUGGGAGAGAGGGGCGAAGACAAGGACGCAUUCGAGGCUGCCAAGAUGGCACUUCAGGAACACGGCGGCGAAGUCGACGAGGACGUCGUUCACACUGUUGCGUCCGCGUUUGACAUUGACCCGAGCCAACUCAAAGCAGCAGUGAGCUUGCAGACAGUACCAUCCCAACUCACCGAGCCUCGAAACGCGGUCUCGGUUCAAAAGCUCUCCAGCCUUUUUCCUCAGAGCAAAAAGCCGACUGGUGGCUUAGUCAAGCCUGCAAUCGGAGGUCUUUUGGGAGAGGCUCGUGCUGGAGCAUCCUUCGGUGAGGCCCUCGGAGAAGGCAGUCAGCUUCAGCACACGGAUCGCAUCAUCCAUGCCAUUGAUGGCUUGCGCAAGGCACAAGAUGAUGACAAGAACCUCACAAAGGGAUCCCUUAGCUCCAUCAAAGAGGCUGAGAAAAUGGACGUCUUCCUUGCCAGAGGAUGCGGGACCUUGUCAAUCGAGAUCGCUCCGGGGGUCUACGGGAAAGAGUUAUUUCAUGCUGGCAAGCGGGUUGCCCAGCAUGCACGGCACAUGCUUCACACCAUACGAUGGCCUGUGCUGAUGACCAACCGACUGCUCCUGGGUGUCUCGGGGUUAUGGUGGGGCGGAUCAGAACCUUACACGCUGCACGCAAGUGACUGCGUGACUGCUCGAUCCGAGCAGUUGGAUGGUUGGCAUCCUCCAUCAGAUCAUAAAGCCGAGGCGCGAGUCAAACCACCGGGGGUGUUCAACACGUGGCUGCGAUACGCCGAAAACUCAGUCCGAGUUUUUGGAUCAUGCUAUGGGACAGAGCAUGUCCAAGAGAGACUGGAUUGUCUGCAGGCAUUGAAAGAGGCACAUGAGGAGGACGAACAUGCCUUCCCUGCCAAAUACUGUAUAGAGCUUUUUGAGGAAUUGGUGGCCGCCUGGUGCGAAGAGGUGAGAGAAAGCAGACGGAAGCUUUGUUCUCUUCUUGGCACUGAAAACCCUCGGUUGGAAGAUCUGAAGCUUUUAGCACUAGCCCCCGGGCCAAAUGGCCAAACUAACUUCCAGUUCCCUAGGGUCUGGGACCUGUCAGACCCUGACGGGUAUUAUCAAACAGUCGUUGUCCCCCGCCAACAGCGGCAGAUGUCACGGCUGCUGCACCAGCAGUUGCAUGAUCACAACCUGAAACUCCGCAAGGCUGCUGGUCCAGCAGAGGGUGACGAGGACGCUCGUACUGGAAAAGCUCCAAAAUUGAAUCUCAAAGACUCCCCGGACGGAGGGUCGUUGCCAUCUACCAAGCCGGACAAGCAGGCCUACCCUGCUGGGAAGCGCCUAACCCAGGCAGAAGCCACCCGCUCCAUGGAUUACACGGUGGCUAUGCAGGUGAUCCGCCGAGGAGGCCUCAAAAGCGGGCCGCGAAUCGAUCCCAGCGAAGUGGAUGGCCGGGUAGCACAACUGCGAUCUCAAGCCCAAUCCGAGCAUGAUGAAAAGAAGCAGCCAGCCAAGCCCAGAGCAAAAGCAAAGCCCAAAGCCGACGCGAAGGCUGGGAGGUCCGACGGGCCACAAGAGGACAAGGCAGGCCAAGUCGCUUGGAAUGUCCCAGAGGAUUACGCCGUGCCCCUCACCAAGCUUGAAGAAACUUUGGAAGAAGCAGUCCAAGGGCCCGACGCUUCCUGGCUGGCAAUGCCGCCUCAAGAGACCGAAGAAGACCCCUCCCCAGCUCCGCAGGAUCAAAAUCAGGAGGAACUUGCCCGCAUUGAGCGCUGGCAACAGCUUGAACAAUCCGGCGCCCUAGCCCCUCUUGAGGGCGCAUCCGACCACCUCAAGUCUCAUGUCAUCGCACGGGUUUUAGGUGCCCAAGAUGAGGGACAGACACUCGAGCUUCCCGCUUGCCUCGAGUACGCGGCCGAACAAGGGCAUCCUGCUCUAGCUGAGGAAGCCUGCAAAUAUUUGAGCUUGCUGCACCACACUCCCAAGGCCGGGCAUCGGUCCGAUGCCGAGUUCACGGCCCCGUCCUGGGCCAAUGGAAUCGGAGUCGGAAAGCUCGAGCUCGCAGGCGAGUUAGAGGAGUACGGGCCCAUCCCUUUCAGGGAUUACCAGGACAAGCUCCCUGCCCACCUGACCCGUGUGCCUGUCGAAGCAGGCGGAGAUAUUGAGGAGCGGCAGUGCCUCCCCCUCCAUGUUGGGGUUGGAUUGGGCUUGGCCGCUCAGGCUAAAGCUAAGGAGGAGGCUUUGCUUGAGAAAGCGGCGUCGCUUCGACGUGCUUUGUGGGAGGAAGCUGUGCUAGCCCAGUCGCAUUUGGGAGAUGCCCCUUCCUGGAUCACUGAAACUGAGCACUUCUUGCGGCAGAACAUCCAUGACUGUGUUUACCCGCACCAUGAGAAAGAUUACCGGGCUCUGCAGACACUUUCGCAAGACCACCUCGAUGGUUGCACCCUUGUGAUUGUGCGUCUGUCUUAUUUCGGACGGCUGGAAGCAGAUCUUCUGCAUGGGCGCGGUGCCGACCCAGGGAAGCUGGUGUUUGUCACCAUCCAUCGGGGUCAUAUGCGGCUUCUGUUGCCCGAUCAUCCGGAGACCCUUCUUGAGGGUUUUCGUCAACAAGGAAAAAUCUCCCGCGUUCUGCAUGUUGAACCUUGGCCGGAGGCCCUUGAUCGCGCCCGUCUGGAAGACACCCUCGUCCCAGCCAAGCUCCCCACCUGUUCCAGGUGUCAGCAGCAGCAACAACGCCCGUAUCGGGUGGGACAACCACUUCCCAAGCCUCCACCGUCUCUGGAAGAUCGCUUGCCAGAAGAUGAUGUCGGGGUGCCACUCCAUCAUCGCUUGGCCUUUGCAUACGGCCCCGUUGGGCAAGAAGUGUCUGUCGGCCGGAGUGGGUGGACUGAAGGCCUCCAGUACCAGGGCAUCCCCUGUCUCAAUCCCGUCGCAUUGCACGAGUGUCUUCAUGGCCUUGCCACUGCGCUCCCUGGCCCAGAUGUGCCCAACGUCUGGCAAUUUGGUCUCGCUUGCCCUUCUUUCAGUACUGAAUUUCAUAGUGGAACCCGGACCUGGGAGCAUCCGCAGGGGGACAGCACUCAGCUGCCUGAAGAGCAGGACAACGAUGACAUCGCGCUUGUGGCUAGUCUCUGUCAGACACUGCAUGACAAUGGCCGCCUGUUUUGCCUCGCCAACCGUGCCCCCACCGGUCGUUACCCUACACUUUGGGAUUUGCCGUGUGUCCAACACCUUCGAGAAACGACCGGAGCCAAAAUCAUUCCGAUCUCUAUGUGUGCCUGGGGGGUUGGCCCACCUGGUGUUUCACCAGGGCAUCACUCCUGGUGGCUUGUCUCUCGCGAGCUGUACCCUUGGGCCCUGCUGUUUUUGGCUCGCCCCUGCCAUGGGGUCUCUGCGCCUGCCCCCUCGCCCCAAGCCGGUGCCGUAUCGCCUUCGCACGUGGCCCAGUGCUAUGAACCUACCUUUUGCGCUGCGUGGGGGCUCGUGCUCAAAGCAGCCUUUGAAACUUGGAGCUGGCGGCACUAUUUGCGGGAACACAGUGCGUUGAAAGCUUUGGAGCAUUGCUUGCAUCCCCUUGGCGCUUCGCCGGGGCUUCUUGCCUCUGUGCCACCCACUGCCUCCGCACGUCUAUCCGACGCAAAAGAGACGGUUGGGGGACACGGCAGUUCUUCGGAGGGGGAAGGCGGCUUUACAGCUCUCACAACCUAUGAUCACACCUAUGAUCACAAUUCUUCGGUGCCUACAACCAAGGCCGGUCAGGAGGAAAGCCUCGAAAAUUUGGCCACUACCUACUUGAGGAAAUGCAAAGAGCCCUUUUCGGAGGAGGUUGCCAAGGCCGCCGCUAGAGCUGGCAAUAAACUUCUUUUAGCUGCCGGUUCGGUGGCGGAGGCAGCCAGAAAGCUCAAUCAGAUUCGGGUUUGGCAGGAGGGAGAACACCUUGACUCGGCAAAGCACCAACGUCUGAAGGGCCUCUCGUCAAAUCAUGCGGAGUACCUCCGGAGGUGUGUGGUCGAAGGUGUGCCCAGCAGAGCCAGGACGGCCCCCGUCCGAGAGAAAGCAAAGAACCAUGGCUCAGUCCGGGGCUAUGAACAGGAGCUGCUUCAGAAGGCUUGGAAAGAUGCCUCGUACGGGGCGGUCCUGCUGUGCACCACUGAGUCGGGAGACUCUGCCUUGGACACAGCAGUUGAACAGGUACUAGCUCAAGAUGGGGUCGCAGAGAGCCCCUUGGGAAGGGUUCCAAAGCAAAACCCCGAUCGGACGAUUUCAACCGAAGGCCGCCCCAUUAAUGACAUGCGAGCUCGAAAUUCUUCUGGGUCAAAAUAUGACCAUCCCCCAGCGGCUCAGCCAAAGCACCGGGCAGUGGUUCGCCAGAGUCUGUGGUGGAGAGCUCGUCACCCUGGAGUGGCCCAGAAAUGCGCAAAGCGAGAUGUGCCCCGCGCCUUCAAAUGGCAUUUUCUCAGGCCUGAGGACACCCCGGAGUUCAGCACGAAGUUGUUGGGCAUUAUCAUAAUCAGUUUGGUCAUGGUCUUUGGAUGGGUGGGGGCCCCCGGCGAGUUUGUGAUUUGGGCCACUGCCGCUCAGAAGCACCACGGGUCGUUCCGACCCGGAAGUCCAGAAUUCAACGAUGUUGUGCCAUACGCAAGCCGAUGGCUUAUGGACGACGGGGUAGUGGUCGAACCACUGGUGGGGAAUCGCAUCCAUCGCUCCCUUGCAUCAAUGGACCGUGCCAUGGAAGCUGUAUGGGGCCCGGGAGCUAUCAACUUGGACAAGCUGGCAGAGGAGGGGAUGCCAUCCUCCUCCCAGCUUCUGUGGGGUUUGCAUUUGGAUUUUGAUGCGCAGACCGUCACAUUGCCUGAGCCCAAGAGAAUCAAAGCAAAGUAUCUCUUGAGGGAGCCCGAGCUGAGCAGAGGAAACACCCAGGUGCGGGUGAAGCUCCUGCGCGAACUGGCCGGAUCUGCGCAAUAUUGGGCUGUCUCUGCCCCAGAGAUAUCUCCGUACCUACCUGCAUUCUACCGCCUAUUGCAGCAGCACCCUGGAGAGCACGUAUUUGUCCAGCCACGUGGCAGCACGGAAGAAGUCCAAGAAGCAUGGGAAGAACUAUGGGACACCCUGGAUUGGGUCCGCCUUCAGAUGGAAAAGCCUUGGGGUUCUAGCUUCAGAGUUGCAUUUGGUAAGUUGCUUCCCAUUCGGGAAAGGUUGGCCCUGCCCGGAAUGGCCGCUCAUGCCCGCUUCGUUGGAGGAGAUGCCACGCUGGAUAGAUUGGGAGCGGUUGACUGGAAGAGCAAGCGCUACCAUGUAGCUCCUUGCCGGAAGUAUUUGGGGGCUCUUGAAGAGAUCGUCCAUGCCCAGGAUCAUUCUGAAAUCAUCGCGUUACUGGAACUGCUCACCUUUGUGGUACUAGCAGCCUCUCAGAAGGAGGCUUGGGAGGGUCAGAUGAUCCUGUACGUGACCGACAACACCAACGUGCAGUCAUGGUUGAAGUCUCGAAGAGCCCGGAACCGCUAUGUCCGAGCACUCCUCCUGCUGCUCCAGCGGGCCGAAGCUGAGCACAGCUUCACUGUAGAUGGGGUAUAUGUCAGGACCUACCACAACACCCUUAAUGAUUGGCUGACAAGAGGGGAUGAAGUAGAGAUUGAUUGGACCAUGCAGAGGCAAGGGUGGACAAAGUUAGACCUGGUGAACAACUGGGAAGCAUUACUCAGGGACGCUUUGCGGCCAAGCCUGAAACUCCCAGGCGAGAGUGGGGAUACAGCCAGCCUUGCCGUCCAAUUAGCCCAGCCAUCCAACGUGCCCCAGGCCUUGAGGUUGGAAAGUUCUAAAAGGCCUUUCCGGGGAAAACUGCAUCAAGUGAAGUUUCAGCCUUAUCUGGCGUGCUUUGAAAUUGGCUGGACGAGAGGGGGUGGGAAAGUCUCACGUCUAGAGGAAGCUGACUGGGUUGUUUGCACCCUCAGCAACGAUCCCUCUGCCAAAGAAGCAAGCGAGCUCUACAAGCGAAUCCAAGGCGUUGGGACUUCCGUGCCUUCGAUGAUUGUUGAUGCGCCCCAUACGCUGAGCCAAAAGAGCACGGAGAUCCUCACCCGGCUGGGCAGCCUCUACCACAAGCAUGGGCAUAUUACCUGCCAAACAGCACGGUUGGGAAGCUUUUUUGCCCGAAAGAGAAUGGUGUGGCUUUUCGGUGAUGGCUGGGAAAGGAAAGACCGGCUUCUCCAAUGGGCCGUGACAGAGGUCAACGCCUGCUGGAAACUCCCUUUAGAGAGUUUUGACAGGUCGGAGCAUCUUCUGACGCCGCCCCGUUUCGUGUUCACCCGAGAACCCAGCAUCGUGACGACCGGCGACCCGUGGCUGCCCAGACCCUGCGGGCAUAUUGUGGAUCAAAAAACCGGAUUGAAGCAUCUGGUGCACAGCGUCAAAGGGGUGGCUUGUGGCCCACGAAACAGCGGGGAACCACUUCGAAUCCCUGGUGGCACAUUGCUUGAGGAUGGGACGGGUCGAGUUCGCCCCCUCGCACCAAACGAGGUCUGGGAGAUGCAAGGGGGGGCCGCUUCUGAGUGGAAUGUCGCGGGUAAGGAUGAACGGGAAAUGUUGACCUCCGCGGCAGUCAGGGAAUGUGGGUGGCAAUUCGCCCAAUGCCUGCUCCAGGCGGUGACUGACCCUCUUGUUGACAAGGCUGGAGUUCUUGACCCAGACGAAGUCGAAGCCCACGCUCAGCUCGAAAUCUGGCUGAGGGCUUGGGGAAGGAACCCGGCACACCCUGAGAACGAACUUUACCUCACGUCGUGGAAGGAGAAGCCCGCAUUGCCCAUCCCGACGCAUUGCACGGACGUGGAGAAAGCUGGUGCACAAAGACGAGCCUCGAAGAAAAAUGGUGUUGAGCCCACUGAAGGGCUGGUCCAGCCAGCCACAUGCAGAGACCCCAAGGAUCGUUCAGCUACACUGAUCAAACAGGGGACCGCUGCGCUCGAUCAAAUCGGAACCGAAGCCAUCAUGGCAAAGCUUGCUGACUCCACCAAGCGCGUCUACGCAACUGGUUGGAAGCAGUGGGCUAUUUUCAACACCGGAGCUCAAUGCCCCCUUUUCCUUGAUGGAGAAGGGCGAUCCGCCCGAGCUGAAGACGAGCAAAGGCUAAUCCGGUUUGUAGUUUUCCUUCACCAGAUUCUAGGGAAGUCUAUUGGAGGAAUAAGACAACGUUUGUCGGCAAUCCGGUAUGCCCACAUUGUUGCCGGUUUCCCCGACCCCCUUGUAGGAAGACCCAGGCUCUGGGCAGCCGUUGCGGGUCUGCAGCGAUGGGAGGGUUCCCCUCUGAGAAAACUUCCUGUAACCCCGAGUAUGCUUCGCUGGUUAGUUCGAUACUUAAAGGGAACAGGGUUUUCAAUUACCGACCAAAUGAUGGUAAGGGGGGCUCUUUUGACGGGGUGGUUUUUUAUGCUUCGGGCCAGCGAACUUCUCCCCCAAAGUGACGGGUCUGACCCCAUCAACAGGGCACUUCGACCUGCUGAUAUCACCUUUUAUAAAGAUGGGAAAGCAUGUCACGGGAUUCAUGCAAACGAGGUAGUAGUGCAAAUUAGAUCCUCCAAGACUGACCAGUAUGGUCGGGGACAAACAAGAUCCCACCACCGGUCCGGGGGUGACCUGUGUCCUGUUGAGGCUCUGGCGGCCAUGCAAGCUCUUCAACCUCAUCGUUGGAGAAGCCCGCAAGACGAGGCGCCUCUCUUCAGAUAUCAGGAUGGGCGUGGUUUGGACCGGGAGGGGAUCACCCACUUCAUUCGUGUGGCAGCAUUAGCCGCUGGGUUUCCAGCAGAAUUAGCGGGCUCUCACUCUUUGAGAAAAGGGGGUGCAACGGCUUUUUUUGCUACAACUGGAGACUUAGAAAGGUUAAAAAGGUAUGGUGGAUGGUCGUCAGACGCAGUGCAUGCCUACUUAUAUGAGGAUCAUGUUGCCCAGCAAGGUAUAGCAUCCGGCAUGUUAAAAUCACAGGUUAUCACCAUGCCCAAACAAGCUUGCUCCACUUUCAUGGGGGUUCCCUCCAGCCAUGAAGGUGUCAUUCAGGCAGGUCAGGUUGCCAAUGCAUAUCCUGUGUUUUGCGGCACACGUCCUCAUGGUGAGCUUGGUGAUGCGGCUAGCUCGUCUCAGGCUCGAGCUUUUUCAUGGGCGCCAGACCGGCGGGUUUCUUUUGGGACUAUGGCUGGCGCUGAUGCGGCCCCUCUUGACCGCCUGAACGCAACGAAUGCGUUCCUGGCAAACAACCCAGGGCUCGACCUCUAUGCUUUGCUGGGUGUUCCACCCAAUGCGCCCCAGCAGCAAAUUCUUACGGCCUACAGAAAGAAAGCUCGUGAGCUGCACCCCGAUAAAUGGUCGAGGUCCACAGAGUCCCUCCGGGCUCAAAAGGCUGAAGAAUUUAAGAACCUCAGUGCUGCCAAAGAGAUUUUGGUGGAUCCUUUAAUGUCGUUUCACUACCAGAGAUGGCUGGCUCAUCGAAGCCAAAGGGCAAGGCAAGGGGCCGGUCCGGCCUGGAGUGAGGCGCCAAGAGCUGGGUACUACGCCCAAUACGCCAGCACAGCAAGCACACAGCCUCCCCAUCAGAGCUCCGCACGACCUCGGAAGCCACCCCCGCCCCCUCAGCCUGCUCAGCCAAGCUCCGCGCGACCUCGGAAGGCACCCCCGCCUCCUCAACCAGCGAAACCCCGCAAAGCACCUCCAGCCCGCCCACACGCGAACGAGGCAACAGCUGCUGAAUUUGUGGGAGGUGCUCCACCUCCGCCCAAAGAUGGUCCACCUCAGCCUAGGGCUCCCCCCCCAGCACCAAGCGCAUCCAACCGCCCCCCCGCAGCCACCCGGAGGAUGACAAGACAUCCCCAGCCCUAUGAAGGACGAGGUGGGUGGGAGGAUUUACGGUUGCCCAAAUCGGCUCUUGGAGAGGAAUCGCAAGCAGACGUUGACAUGGCCAGGUCUUGGGAAAGGCCAGAUGUAGAUAUGCAUGAUGUUCUGUGGCAAUCCUGGGAGCAACCCAGUGAGGCCAAGUGGGAAGCUGCCCAAGAUCCUCAAGAUGAUGAGUUUGUGUAUGUCGAAGUGGAUGACAGCGCUUCUGAGAUGUCUUGGAGGACUUGGGACUCCGACAACCUAUGGGAUGAGCCGGCUUGGGGAGACGUUCCCCAUGAGAGAAGCGCCGCUGGUGCAGAGGAUCCAGAAGCGUUAGACAAGGCUGCGCAGCUCGUGGCUUUGGAGUUCCUCGCUCUUUUCAACAAAGUGGCGAAAAAGCAGAAGACUUUGGGUGCCCCUCCAACAAUGGAAUUGCCAGAGGCGCUCCGCCAGCAGUAUUUGUCAACCCCAAAUUUGGGGUACGGGGUCCCUUCCGCAGUGAGCCAGUACAUCAGCAGCCAAGGCCACUUGCAGAAACCACCCCCGGCUUCCAAAGGCUUGCCGCACAUGGCAAUGGGUGUUCCACCCAAAGGGGCGCCGCAGAUCUUCGCCCCUCCUCCAAAGAAACCGCCCCCACCAGUGCCGCCAGAGAAAGGUAGCAGCGAGGAGACUGCUUCAGCGAAGUCAAAGCUUGCUCCAGUGGGAGCAGCUUCCGAUUUUUCCACAACCCCUUUUUUUGAGGAGAGUGAGGUGGACUGGGGGGGCGACGAAGAUGAGCGCACGGAGGCCGAGAAAAGGGAGGACGCGGAGAUCCUCCGGAAGACCAAGGAGAGCAUGGAGGCAUUUCUCAAAGCGCCUCCUGCACUCAAGCAGCAGCUCAGGACCAAUGCCUGCAAACAAUGCUGCGAAAGGCUCCGGGCGCUCCGCCUGGGAUUGGAGGUUCGGGACGUCAAACCACAUGAGGGCAAGUAUGAGGCGGAUUUGGCUGCUGGGUUUUCAGUGGCGGAAGCCCGCUACCUCCACAAACAAAGGGAGCGUGCGGCAAGGCACCAAGACCAUCUUUCAAGGAUGCCUGGCGUUUCGCUAGAAGAUCUCCCCAAAUCCUGGCAGUCAGAGCAGGGGCCAGAAAGGACCCUGAAGCCUGGGUUCUUGAAAGAGAGAGAGGAGAAGAAGUCCCGCCGCAGACGGGAGAAGUGGCUGGCAAGAAAACAUGAAGAGUGGCGAUCCGCCGGAAGUCGGAGAUGGGCUCAACCCACGACUCCUGAGAAAGCUGCUCCAUCCACUCCACCGGAUCAGCAGAGCUGGGACGAUGAUUCCUGGGGAAAAUGGGGCCAGGUGCAAGCACCACCGACUCAAGGGCACAGCUGGCGUGAGAAUUCUUGGCAGGAGCACCGAAGCCAAUGGAACUACGGCUGGUCCGACUCGCACUACCAGGGCUGGACCUACUACAGCGACGAACAGUCGCAUCUCCUUCUGACCAUCGCGGCCUCGGGUGACGCAGCGCACGAGGCAGCUCAGCUGGGUCGAAACGUCAGCGAGAUCGGUAAGUCGUUAUCACAUGCUAUGAGCAUCGCGACGAGCAUGUUCCUGGAUCCCACAUGUUCCGAGCCUCAAUUGACGGACUUGGAAUGGUUCCAAGCCCUCACCAAUGCAGAGGAUCAAUUGCUACAGGCGUCCAAGGCCACCACACUAUUCCUUCAGAUUGCCUCAAAUUACAACGUUGCUGAAAGUAAAGUUCAGCUGACCCUGCUGGCGGAUGACGCCACAUUGAGCUUGAGACACCUCUUGGAGGGAAGCAAGGCUACAGGCCUGGUAUCUCCGCCCACUCAAGAGUUGGUCGAUCAGAUUAUUGCUGUGAAGGGCGUCUGGCAGAGCAUGAGGGCGGAAUUCACCAAGGCAAUCUUUGAAACCAGCGUUUCAAUCUCGAGCGUUAGCGAAGUCGCGCGCUUGACGAAGCUCUUCACGGACGGCAUUUCGGAGGCCGUCAGUCUCUACGUGCGAACGGCCAUCAGCGCAGGAACCAGCAUCCCCGCCUAUACUGUUCACCUGGCCAGUAGACAGAGGACAAAGGCGCAGAAUUUGGUCAAGAAGGCGAUCAUGGUGAACUUGGGCUACAGCGUUCAAGAAAACUGGGCGGCUUUCAACGCCACGAAUGACUUGCUGAUGGAAACUCAUUGGACGUUGCUGGAGGGCGCUGCAGCGAAGACACCGUAUCCUGCUGUGAAUGCUACAACUGACCUUUGCAUCAUCCAGCAGAUGUGGACCGCCCUUGGCGUUUACGAUCAGCUACAAGCGGCCGCUGAUAGGGUGCUGAGAGGCGAAAAGUCUUUAGCAAACAUAGCGAUUUACGCGGAGCGGUUCGAUGUAGAGAUGGGUGUGGCAGUUGAAUGGUACAAAAGCCCAGGUUCGGCCACCUGUGACAACUUCGUCCCAACGUUGGAUCAGUGGAAGGGAUUGAUCCUCGAAGUGGCUCGGAUCCGCAGUUUGAGUCAAGAACUCUCCAGUGCCUACCUGCUAGUGGAGCUCAAUAUGUCGACCCCUGAAGCUCUGUUGGAAGGUCGAAGAGCCUUGGACGUCUCGGUAAAGCGUCUACGCUUCGGAUCGCAUGCGCCUGCAGUGCCGGCACCACCGGUGCAGUACGUGUUGGAUCGGCUGGUGGUGGACGUGCUGCCGGCAGUUGAUGCCUUUCAUGACGCCCUGGAGGGGGAAGAUGUGGCGACCAUUUUCAAUCAAAGUUCCGCAGUGCUGCGUCACGUCGAUGAUUUCCUCGAGACCUUCUUCGUGGAAGGGGCAGCGGACGCCGUCGCGGCUCCGAUGUACCGAAUGCAACUGGCCUCCCGACAGAUCAUGUUGGUCCAAUCGAUCUUCCGAGACUACGUGCUACUCUCAGGGAAUGCCACGGCUCAGACUUCCAUGAGCGAGACGAUAGCCAACUUCGAAGCGGUUCAUCGGGCCCUUCGUGAGGGUGGCCGGGGCGUUGCCAAGCUCAGUUUAGUUCGCCAGGACGUCCUGAAGCAAUGGGAUCGCAUCAGUGCUGUUUGGGGAACCUUCCGGCAGCAGGUUUUGGUCAUACCGGGGGCUUUGAGCGAUCGCGUGACAGUGCUUGGCAGCGUGCAAGCGACCUUGAACAGCUUAGUGGCAGAGCUUGAAGUUGGGGUGCAGCUGUUUGGUAUUCAAGAUGAGGAGAUGAAAGGAGAAUACAUAUGGCCAAUCAUUGCUUAUUCUUGCUUCGUGGUGUGCAUGCUCGGGUGCAUCUGCGCAGCAAUUUAUGCCGUCAAGCGCUAUUCCCGGGAGCGGGAAGAAUGGUCAGCGCAUGCCCAUGACAAAGUCUGACAUGCCUAAGAGAUCCUGAACCCAUGGCUGUGUAAAGUUUUUAACUUUCUCGCACCAUGCCUGGAUUCGUCCUUUUUUGAUCAAGUGCCGGGUAGCUUUCACUGGAGCUUGGGUUGGGGCAUGUUGGCUUUCGGGCAGUUGAUGGAG